AUGGCGCCGUCUUUCCUCUCGAUGCUCAUGACGCACAACUCGACAGAGACACGCGGCACACGCAGUUCGACUCGAGCUGCUGCUACCGAUACGGACGUGCGGCUGCCGCACUUGUUACAGGGCCGUUCGUUCCGUCGGACGGACGGCGUGCAGUUUGGACUGCCCGUGUUCCAACACGUGGCGGUCGGCCCGACGCUGUUGGAAGCUGCUGCGCCAGCGACCGACUGGGACAACCGGCAAAAGGUUCAGGACUUCUUUCGGCAUACGGGCAGCCACACGGACAAGGCGCUCGACACGGGCUACAGGGAUACCGACACCAAUCACAGCCACAGCUAUAGCCGCAACACGACCGAUAGUGGCGCUGUCACGGCCGACGAGAAGGUCGUGCCACUGGACGACAAGGCGAUUGAUAUGCAGAGUUACGUGUUUCGCAGUACGAGUGACUGUCGCAAGUCGUGCGCGACGUCGUCGACGUCGUCGGAAGAUACGACGCAACAGGACGACGUGCGCGGGGCCAUUGCCAGUCGCGGCCGAUUGCACAGCGAUUUGGAGGAUCUGUUGACCCGACAAGAGGUCGACGAAGCAGAGCACUGUGACGAUCGCGAGCACGAAGAGCAGAUUCUGCUGCGACGAGAAGAGGAGCGGCGACGGCGGUAUGACUCGUUCGACAUCUUGGCCGACGUGCGCCUGGAAGACGAAGAGAGCGACAUUUUGAUGGACGAUCUCGACUCGGUGAGCUCAGUGGACCUGGUGGACGUGGUCCCUGCACGGUCCCGCACGAACAGCGAGGACUUUUACGGUGGCGAGCUGCUCGACAUGCUCUCGGAGCGGCAUAUGCCUGUGGGUAUCGCUCGACACGCAAGUGUAGCCGACAUGCUGGCUAAUCGCGCAUCGCGCACAUCGAACGGAGACCUGGAUGCAGAGGAAAAGUGGAUGCAAUCAGGACCUGAGGCGAACGUAGUGAAGUUGCCUGAGACUGCUGCAUCGCUGGCGCGCUCGGAGAACCUUGCUUCGGACAGGAAUAAAGCGCUGGCGGAGAUGCUUGCUCUGUCAACGGGCAAGCCGGGACAGGUCUCAGUGGACGACAAGACCACGUUGGAAGCCGUGCCGGUAAAACAAGCCACUCUACCGUCAGUAGUGGAUGGCGGCGCGCUUGGAGCGUCCAAGGUUGAUCCAUUGGGAGCUAUGCUUGCCAAGAGAAGCGGAUCGUCACUGCCUGCACAAGAUAAUGCACAGGACGAACGAGGCGGGGUUGUGCAUCCAGUAGCUGCGACGCUGAAGCAGCGCCAGCAAGCACCUGCGGCUGAAGCUGUGGCUCCAUCCGAUGGCGACAGCACUGAGAUGGACGGGCCGCCGCUGAAGGACCACCCAGCGUAUCAGAAGUACUUCAAGAUGCUGGCGGUAGGCCUCCCGUCUGCUGUGGUGAAGCACAAGAUGCAGAGUGAAAGCGUGGACCCAGCCAUCUUGGACAUGGAUCCAAGCAGACCCUUGCCCAAGGCUGUUAGUGGCCCCGUGCUGGACGAAAAAGCCGAGAUGGCCUACCAGGCGCAGCUGAAAGAAUACGAAUCAAAGCACGGCAAGUACUCGCAGAUGGUGAAGGUGGGCUUGCCUGCUGCCGUUGUGGAGCACAAAAUGCGCAUGGAUGGUGUGGACCCAUCCUGGCUGCACGGACCGCCAAAGCGACCGGAGCCGAAGGCUGCAGCAGCCGAGUUAGAAGUGACGGAAGAGAUGAGAGCUGCACAUCGACAGAAAUACCACAAAUACUUUCAGAUGCUUCGUAUGGGUUUGCCACGCGGCGCGGUGGAGCAGAAAAUGCGGAUGGCAGGACUUGACCCGGCGUCAUUGAACGGGCCCCGUCAGGCUGCAACUCCUGCUGCGCGACCGAAAGAGUCUCUGAAGCGCAAGAACUCGAUCCGCAAAAAGCUGCACUGGGAAGGGAAGAAGCACCGGCCACGACGCGACAGUUUGUGGGGUGGUGACAGCAUGGAAGAGACGAAAGAGCAGGUUCAGAUUUCCGAGGAGAGCCGCGCGAUACUUGAAAAGCUGUUUGUGAAGGAUUUGACAGAGAGCAAGAAGCCGGAUGUCUCGACAAAUUCUGAUGGCGCUGUUGCAUUGAAGAAGAAAGCAAUGGUGCAGCUCAUUGACAUGAAGAAGUCGCAGAACAUUGCCAUCACGCUGGCACGUGUGAAGCUGACGUUUCCAGAGCUCAAGCGCGAGAUCUUGGCAAUGAACCCAAACGUGCUCUCGUCGUCUCAAGUGCAUUCGCUCAUGGACAUGUGGCCUGAUCGUCAAGAGAUGGAAGCGAUCAAGGCCUUCGAGGGCGAUUUGGCAACACUUGGCACUGCUGAACAAUUUUUGGUCGAAGUGCGCAGUGUGCCCCGCUUCCACGAGAAGCUGGCAUGUCUAGUAUACAAACAGGAAUUUUCCUCGCGAUCGCACGAGCUGCGCGAGUCGUUGGACCUCGUGACGCGGGGUGUGGACCAGGUGUGCUCAAGCGCUGAACUACGCCAACUAUUUAUUUAUAUUUUGCAGAUUGGUAACUUGCUCAACUUUGGCGGCGACACCAAGCAACAGGGUGUCAACGCCUUCUCCCUGAGUUCUCUGGUCAAGUUUUCGCAGACGAAGGCGUUCGUGGGUGGCACCACGUUUCUGCAGUACGUCGUGCAGUCGAUCGAACGGGACGUGCCGCACCUCGCGCAAUUUUACACGGACAUUGACCUCAUUCUGAAGUGCAGCAACGUGGCGUACGCGUCGCUGGCAUCCGAGAGGAAUGGACUGGAACUUGGCUUGCAAAAGGUCUUGCGCGAGGCCGAGAGUGCCAACAAGGAGGGCAUGACAGCCUACACUGACGCGUUGAUUUGCUUUUACCAAGCGGCAAAGGCUGAGCUAUCGAUGCUUCAGGGUCAGCUGGACAAGUUGGACGCCGCCAAGGCUCGUUUUCUCGAGUACUUUGAGGAAGAAGACACGGAAGAGGAGCUGGACGUGCUGCUGUCGCACAUUGCGAACUUUACGAGUGAGUACCGCCGCGAGCACAGCAAGUACCUCGCCAACGUGAAAAAGGAUCCGGCGACGCAGGGUUCGCCGAGCAGGAACGCAGUGGCUACAGUGGAGCCUCCCAAGCAAGAGCCCAUUGUGUGUUUGAACAAGGAGAAGAAGGACUGUGGCGAGCUGCCGCAGGGAGAAGAUGGCCAUCACAGCCAGGACGCAGCAUCUCAAUUGCGUCGACCGGUAUUGUCCAUGAAAGUUGACAAGCAUCAGUCUGUUCGUCGGAUCCGCCGUGCGAGGGUACUCGACCUCGACAUGUCUCGCCACGACGACAAGGACGGGGCAUUACGUGCGACAUCGAUGGCGUCGGGGACAAGUGUCGUUAGGUCAGGUCUGCCGUAA